AUGGAUCGGCUCGUUUCCAUCACGCUAGGCAGACCAUUUGCUAUCCACGAAGACGAUAUCGAUAUCUCAUCGUUCACUAUCGAGACAUGCGAGGAACUAGACAACAAUCUCGCUGUUCCACAAAGCAACCUCUGCAAAUCUUCAAUGGCAGUUACCGAGCACAUCCUCCGUCUACGAAAGACUGCCAAUGACAUCGCCACAAAGGUAUACUGCAAACGUGUAGUCGCUGGCUAUUCUGCUGCUCAACGCGAACAAGUCUUGUCUGAUCUACAUCAAGACUUGGUGAAUUGGCGGCGAAGUGUUCCGUUUCCACUGCCACACCUGCACGCCAAUGUCCCUCAUGGCUGCACCACUUGGUUUGACCUGAAUUUCUACGUCCACAUGACAACGCUUUAUCGACCUUCGCCUCUCUUUCCGACCCUUCCUAUCGCUCACGUCAACACUCUCGCAGAAGCUGCUGCAUGCGCACUACGCCACGCAAACAGUAUGCGUUUGCAAAGGCGAUUGGCAUUCAACUGGUUGAAUCUACUCAUGCUCUACAAUGCAGUCAUUGCUUUGGUGUAUUCUGUGACUGUACAGCCAGAAAGACUUGCAGAGUCAUUAGAACGCUUGCAUGCGGUCGAAGAUCUGCAGCUCGCAAUGGAACUGUUUGAAGUUUUGGGUGAUAAGUUUCCUGCAGCGAAAACUAUUGGCGCUAUGGUCGCCCAGGUUGUUGAGAGGUAUCGAGUGCAUGGACAAGAGGCUUGA